AUGAAGGUUCUUUGUGUCGCAGAGAAGCCGUCCAUCUCCAAGGCCGUGGCCGGCCACUUGGCUGGACGAAACCCCGAAGUUUAUAUCAAGAACUACGGCUUCGACUUCGACUUUGGCGCGCCAUGGGGCCCCUGCAGCGUCACCAUGACCGCCGUCGUCGGCCAUCUCACGGGGCUCGACUUCACCCCGGAGAACAAGAACUGGUCGCACCCACCUCCCGAGAGUCUGUUCACCGCGCCAGUCGUGACCUUCGUGCCCCAGGACAAGAAGACUGUGGCCGAGAACAUUGAGCGCCAGGCCCGAUACUGCCAGCUCCUUAUCAUCUGGACGGAUUGCGAUCGAGAGGGAGAACACAUCGGGAAGGAGAUCGUCAAUGCCGCCAGGAAGGGCAACAGUAGGAUCGCCGUCAAGCGCGCCACAUUCAGCAACAUCGAGCGAGCACACAUACUCACCGCCGCGCGACGCCUGACAGACCUGGACCAGAAGCAGGUCGAUGCCGUGGAUGCGAGGAUAGAGUUGGAUCUCCGAAUCGGCUACGCCUUCACCCGCUUCCUGACCAACAGCCUUCGGCCUCUUGGAGGGCCUCUGCAGGAACGGACAAUCAGCUAUGGCUCGUGCCAGUUCCCGACCCUGGGCUUUGUUGUCGACCGGUACUUUCGCGUCCAGAACUUCGUGCCGGAGCAGUUCUGGAGCAUCAAGGUCAUGCACUCUCGCGAAGGCAAAAAAGUCAACUUCAACUGGUCGCGGAACCGACUGUUCGACCGCAUGUCGGUCAUCAUCCUCUACGAGCGAUGCAUCAGGGCCAACAAGGCCACCGUGACAAAAGUCCAAGAGAAGCCGACGAGGAAGUGGAAACCCCUGCCCCUGACCACCGUCGAGCUCCAGAAAGCGGCCACUCGCUUGUUGCGCAUGAGCGGUCAACAGGCAAUGACGGUCGCGGAAGGCCUCUACAACAAGGGGUUCAUCAGCUAUCCCAGAACCGAGACGGACCGCUUCGACAAGGGCAUCGAUCUGAAGGCGCUGGUCAGGAAACAAACGCCCGACAACCGAUGGGGAGAGUACGCGCAAGGGCUCCUGGACGGCAACUUUCAACAACCGCGCGAGGGUAAACACGACGACAAGGCCCACCCGCCCAUCCACCCCGUCACGUACGCGGCACCGACGGUGCUCAACGCGGACGAGAGGCAGCUCUACGAGUACGUCGUGCGCCGGUUCCUGGCGUGCUGCUCGGAGGACGCCAAGGGCCUCGCGACGGACGUGGAGAUACUCUACGGAGAGGAAACCUUCCAUGCUCGCGGACUGGUCGUCCUGGAGCGCAACUACCUCGACGUGUUUGUCUACGAGAAAUGGAACGACUCGGCGCAGCUCCCGCAGUUCGCGCCGGGCGAGAUCUUCCAGCCGACGGAAGCGAUGAUGACGGACGGCAAAACAAGUCCGCCGGGAUAUCUCACGGAAGCCGAUCUCAUCGCCCUCAUGGACGCCAACGGCAUCGGCACGGACGCGACAAUGGCAGAGCACAUCCAAAAGAUUCAAGACAGGGAAUACGUCCAGCUGGCGGACGGGGGUCAACGGGGUCAGGACGACGACGACGACGACGGCGACGGCCAGGAUAGGCCGCCGUCACCGCCGGCGAGAGGUGGACGAGGUGGCCGCGGCAGUCGCGGCGGACGGGGAGGGGCUAGAGGGGGCCGCGGCGCGUCGUCGGCGUCCGGGCGGCGAGGACUCAAGGUCUUCAUCCCGACGCAGCUCGGCGUGGCUCUCAUCACGGGGUUCGAUCGCAUGGAGUUCGAGACGAGUCUGGGCAAGCCCUUCCUGCGCAAAGAGAUGGAGAACAAGAUGAAGGCGAUAUGCGACGGGCGCAUGACCAAGGACGCCGUCCUGCGGGAGAGUCUCGGCCAGUACCGGCAGGUAUUCCGGGACUCGCAGGAGCGGCUCAACGUGCUCAAGGCGGCGUGUCGCGAAUUCAUGUCGAUUCGCGCGUGA